UGUUCUGUAACUACGUUCGCCAUUAGAACUGUCACCCUUCCCUGAAUACUGAAUACAUACUGCAUAUGUCCAUAUGAGAGGUAGACACACAAGAAGCAAUAACUAAUUUGAUUGAAGUCCAUGGUUGGCCUAAUCGGACGUUUAAGAGCAGAGACUUAUCAGAAAUGGACGGCGGCCAACAGGAUUGAGAAACUAUCUCCAGGAACAGGUCUAUCGAAUGAACAAAUGUUCUUUGUGUCAUAUGCACAGAGUGAAUGCUUUAAUAGAAAUGACAGAUAUGCAUACAGUAGAGCUAUCCGGGGAAGUGUAUCUGAAGAUAUAGCUACAAACAGUGCAAUGUCACACGUGAGAGAGUUUUCACAAGCAUUUAGAUGUCCAGUUAACUCUCCGAUGAAUCCUGCCAAGAAAUGCAAUCUGUAUUGAAGUGUUCGCUGGUAACGAAAAAACAUCAUCCAAAUGACUGGUUUCAUCUUCUCCAUAGUAUAAAACCAAAUGAAAAGACUGGAUAAUCUCUAUCAUUCAUUUCCUUUUUUAUAUAGUCUUCCAUAUUUAUCAGACCGUUACAUUUCAACCUUAAUUAAAAUCACAAUGUUUUCAUCAGCAAACUGUUCUCGUACCAUUGUUCAUCUUAAAAAUCUGAUUUCUAGAAUUAAUCGUUUGUUAUUCUAAAAUACUCAGGCUUUACCAAUACAAUGUAUCUAUUUCUUGUAAAAAAAUUUACAAAAAGAGUCACCUUAUAUAGUGUAACAUAAACCAUAUGUCAUGCAAUAUCAAUGCUUUGAAAUCAUCAGUAUAUGUAUUUGCAGAUUUUUUCUGAAACAACGAAUGGCUUUCAUUUGAAUAAUUUUUGAAUUUUUCAAGGGUCCAUAUUGGUUGUGACAGCAUGAGGAAAUAGAUAUUUUUUUAUGGUAAAAAAUACAAAAUUCCUUUAAAAUAGUGUCAAAAUUCAAUAAUCUACUAUGUGUUCGUUAAGUUUUGUUGAUAUCAUUUUUACCUAUUGAGAAAUAAACUUUAUGUGAA